GUCUCUCCAAUUAAGAUCCAGUCGUCGAGUCGACAACGUACGAGAGGGACAUCCGUAAAUUGUUCAAUUUUCUGAGACUUCUAUUCCCGAAGCACUAAGAAGACAGAAGGAUGGCUAGUUCAUCGAUGUUCCUUGGAGUACUUCUUAUGGCAGGUUUGCUCACUUUGGCUUCGGCGGCUGGGAAUGCCACCACCGCAGCUCCGUCUGGAGGGAACGCGACACAAGCUAGCGGUUCCGGCGGGAACAACACCGCCUGUGCCGCCAAAGUGUCGGCCUGCUCCAGCGAGGUGGCGGGCAUCAUCUCUAACGUCACUUCCCUGGCGGGCCAGAUCCUGACCGGCGGACUGUCCAUCACCAACACCCUGAAGACACUAUGCUUGAAGUUUGGUACUGUGGAGAAGUGUGUGAAGACGGCUGCCGACUCGGCGGAUUGCAGCGGUCUCCCCAACACCCUGAAUGACUACAAGAAAAGCGUCUCCGUCCCAAGCAUCUGCAACAAGUACAUCAGUGGAUCUGGACACGCCCUCCCCAACAUGGCGGUCGUCAUGGCGUCCAUCUUGACCGCAAUGCUCGUCGGGAAACUCUUCUAAAAAGUUCUAAUGGUGGAUGCUUUGCCUUAUAAGAUAAUUAAUUGCACGUUUCACUCUCUUGCACAAGAUAUGAAGAAGCAGCUAAUUCAAUUCACUACAUUUGUAAGAAAUAGGUUAGCCGUUGCGACGAAAAUGUGUAGUUUCACUGUGGUUUAAAAUGAGUACUGUACUAGCAAAGUAGACGUCAACCAGUUACACAUAUACAGUACUGUAUAUGUAUUUCAACGGUUUGCCAGAUACAUGAUUUUACUUUUUUUUUAAUUCUUGAAAUGAACAGUGAAACAUUUUUUUCAAUUCCCUCAUAAUUUUUACUUCUCUUCAGAAAAUUUAACACUGGUGAUAAGUGAUUUCAUGUCAUUUGUUAUCAAAUUGAUAUUCAAAUACAUGUACUUGUUAAUUUAACGGACAUGGCGUGUAACCAAUAUAAUCAUAAGCAAAAAUGCAUGAAUAUAGGACUAAUUACCUUUAGUAAAAUAUAUAUUUUGAUUAUUGUGUCAGAACGCAUGAUGAUGACUGGCUUGCCGUGUCAUUGGAAAGUUCUGGGUUUUGUUAUGAACCAAAUAUUGCCUGAUAUUCUAACAUUAAUUUAGUAAUACUAAGUAAUCACUUGUUGGUGUUUUUUUGGAAAUAAACUAUGAUCACUGGUGAAAUA